CUGCUAAUUGAGCGGUUAAUUUUCGAAUAGAAUAAAAGAUGGAUUUAAAAGAAAAUUAGUUUCGUUAUUUCGUAGCUACAGUCCAUAACAGUGGUCCUUAAACGCUGGAGUGGAAUUGGCUAAAUAAAUUGUUGCUUCAAACGUUAAAAGCAAUAAAAACUUUAGUUUGAUCGUGUAUUAAAAACGAACGAAAAUGGCUAACGCAGAUGAUGAACUGAACAGUAGAGAUAAUUAAUUCUACAGUAUUGUUACUAGAUGAAAAACUAAAGUUGCUGAAUCGACGUCGUGGAAACUUUAAAACUAGGAUCACGAAAUUGGAAAAUUUUUUGAAAGAUUCAAAUUUGAAUGCUGACAAGAUGCUCCUUCAAAUCAAAUUGGAUAUGGUUUCGGACAUGUUAUCUCAGAUCGAAUCGUUGCAACUGGAAUAUUAUGAUGUCAUUGAUGAUGAAAAUUUAUCGAGUGUGGAUUUAGAAUUUGAAGAAAUGGAAGACCGUUUAGAAGAAAUAAAGAUUUAAGAAAUAAAGAUGGCGGAUGCAACGGAAAAAACCGGCGACAACAAAGCAUGCGUGGUGAAUGGGGGCACAGUUGAAGCCGCGAAUGCAAAGACUAAUAAGAAAUUUUGGAGUAUCAAUAAAGAGACCUUGGCUUUCAAAUUUCAUUUCUUCUUGUUUAUAGGAGCUUUUGGUGCAGUGUUUCCAUAUUUAACAAUUUUUGCGCAACUCAGACUUGGAAUCAACGCAAGUUCUUUGGCAUUAGCGCUCACAAUACAACAGUUUUGUUACAUUGUCACCAAAUUACUCAUCAGUUACAUAGUUGAUUACCUUAACAAGCUCAAACAAGUCAUAGUAUUUCUGAUACUCAUUCAAGGAGUAUGUCUCUUCCUUCUGUUAGCUCUUCCGCCAAUAUCAUCAGAAAACAAAAUCCAAACAGAAUCAGAUGAAGCAAUGGUAUGUAAAAAUAUGACUCAUCAGAAUAUAAGUCCGUUUUGCUUAUCAAUGAAUCUAGAACGUUUUUGUGAAAUUAAUAAGUCUGCCUCAGAGACAAUAAAGAAAAAUGAAAGUAUCUGUCAUAAUAUGACAGAUGCAGAUCUUUGCACCCUUUUCUGUAAUUCUUCUGAUAGUUUUCCUGCUUCAAAUAAUUCUUCUUGUCUGCGCUAUGUAUGCACUACUUAUAUUAAUAGUAGUAGUGUACAGAUGAAUAUUUCAACGAAUGAUGAAUCUCGUAUGAACGAUGAAUAUUCUACAAGGACCACUGCUUUCGUGCACUCACAAGGAACCUCAAGCUCAUUAUGCUGUUGUGAUAUUCAAAAUGGAACUGCUAGUGCCAAUAAAUAUGGACACGAAUGCUGCAAUUUUUCAGCCGUAUUUGACGAUAAUAACACACAAGUUCAACCUAACAGCUCCUUUGUUUUAUUAUGCAAAGACAAAAACUCAAUGCUUACCAGUUUCUGUUGUAGAAUUGAAAAAGACGAUACAGAUAAAACGCCAUCGCAUAAAUCUUUAUUAGCCACUUACCAGUUUUGGGUUUUUCUGCUGAUCCUCAUGAUUUCAGGAGCAUGUGUUAAUGCCCUUUUCACCCUAUCAGACACUGCUUGCUACGAAAGUAUUCAAAAGACAGGUGCCGAUUUCGGACAACUAAGAUUAUGGGGUGCUUUUGGAUGGGGAAUAAUAGCACCUUUUGCUGGAUUUUUGAAUGAUUACACUGGGGACUAUGUAGCUGCCUGGUGCGUUAUGGCUGUCAUGUGCGCAGUAGAUCUGUGCAUUAUCUCUAAAUUAGACUUGGUUAAACCAGAAUUUUCCAAGAACAUAUUAAAAGAUGUUGGCACAGUGUUUAGAUCGAAGGAAUUUUUGAUUUUUGAACUUGGGGUGUUGAUGAAUGGAAUUGGAACAGGAAUAGUUUGGUUCUAUUUGGUCUGGUUUCUCACCACAAUCGGAGGAACUCGUUUUUUAGCAGGACUGACUCAAACUUUGCAAUGCUUUAUUGGAGAGAUACCAUUCAUGUUUUUUUCUGGAUGGAUAAUAAAACGAAUUGGGUACAUGAAUGUUCUUACCCUUGCUUUAAUGGGAUAUUGUGUAAGAUUCUUUUGGUACAGCAACCUUUAUAAUCCCUGGUUAGUGCUUCCUAUAGAAUGCAUGCAUGGGUUUACGUAUGGCAUAUUUUAUGCGGGUGUGACUGCUUUUGGAAAACUCAGUGCGAAACCUGGAACAGAAGCCACAACUCAAGCUAUCGUAUGUUCAACUCAUGAAGGAUUAGGUGCUGGUCUCGGAUGUGUGAUUGCCGGAAUAGGUUUCGAUUACUUGGGUGCCCACAGAACGUUCUUUUACGCAGGCAUAUUUACUGGGUGCGGAAUGCUGAUAAACAUUGCAUUUACAAUUAUGCUCCAAAGGCGGAAGAAAGUCAUAAACGUGACAUCCGAAGCAAAAGCAUAAAAAUUGAAUGACUUUCUAAUCAGUACUUCUGUAUAUUUUAACGUGAAUGUCAACUGAAAUCAUAUACAGUUUUAUUUUGUGCCUAUUCUUUGACUUCGUCUUGAUUUUUGUCUCCUAGAGAUGAAGCUGCAUGACAAGGGCGAACUACAUACACAAAAUAAAAAGUUCCCUCAUCUAAGGUUUAAGGAGGAAAGGAAAGAGAAUUUCUAGCAGCUAAAAAUAAUCGGUAUAUUUUGCGUAAUAUAGUGAGAUUCUAGAUAAAAACAAUCGAUAUAUUUUGUAUAAUAUUGUAAGAUUCUAGCUAAAAAUAACCAAUUUCUAGCAGCUAAAAAAAUCGAUAUAUUUUGUAUAAUAUUGUAAGAUUUCUAGCUAAAAACUAUCGAUAUAUUUUGUAUAAUAUUGUAACAAUCGAUAUAUUUUGUAAGAUUUUAGCUAAUAAUAAUCUAUUUCUAGCAGUUAAAAAUAAUCGAUAUAUUUUGUACAAUAUUGUAAGAUUCUAGCAAAAAACAAUCGAUAUAUUUUGUAUAAUACUUUAAGAUUCUAGCUAAAAACAAUCCAUAUAUUUUAUAUAAUAUUAUAAGCUUCUAACUAAAUAUAAUCGAUUUCUAGCAGAAAAAAUAAUCGAUACAUUUUGUAUAAUAUUGUAAGAUUCUAGCUAAAAAUAAUCGAUAUAUUUUGCAUAAUAUUGUAAAAUUCUAUCUAAAUUAAAUUUAACAUUUUGUUGGCUAGAUCUUAACUUGAACUGUGAAGCGACUAUUCCCUCAGUUCUAUAUCAAUGACAAGACAAGCGAAGGGUGAAAAGACACUUUUAUUCCAAUCAAGAAAAUAUUUAUAGUCGGCAGUCCUGGCGCUUACAAAACUAAGCCAACACUUUUGGCUCAAUAGGAAUAUCAAAUUAAAACUAAGUUAAAUAAUCAGCCGAAGUUUCACAGAGUUGGUUAACGCAAGUUGGCUGUUAGCCCAACCACCGACGCACACAAAGCAGCAAUUAAUAUGCACGGCCGGUACAAUAGCAAGCUUAAAUUAAUAUGAGCGUAACAACCUGUCCGAAAGGCAAAACACGCUCCGUUUGAAGUAACUCAGACACCAGCUUAGAUAGUAUUUUUCUACAAUACUUUGCAUAUCACCCGAAACUGAAAUCUUGUUUUGGAAAGAAAGCGUGGGUUGAAAGCAAGAGCAAUAGGAAAGGUUGCUUCAAAAUAAAAUCAAAUAAAUUAAACAAAUCCCCUCAAUAUUAGCUGAAAUCUUUUGAAGUAAAUGCAUAUUAAACUAAUAAUGCAGCUUAUACCCUAUAUGGUACUUACGUAUUAUCGCAACCAGGUUGGCGCGAUUUGUAAGUGUGAGUAAAAAAGUAUGAAUAGAAAGAAAAUGUAUAUUUAUUAAUUACAGAUAAUUUUUAACACAGUUUUUUUUAUA